AUGGUCGUUACGAAAUCUCCGUUAUUGACUCUAGUAAUCGCUUCUUUAGGGCUUUUCUUUGGUUAUUUUUUUGAAAUUGCUGAGUCUCAGCAAAAUCUGGAUCUUUCACCACCGCCUCCGCCGCAUUCUCCUCCACCCCCGUCACUUCCUCCUCCUCCUCCACUAUCUCCUUCCCCACCACUUCCUCCUCCAUCUCCAGCUACCUCCAGGCGAGUUCCGCCUUCCUCUCUCCAGCCUCCUUUGCAUUCAAGAAAACACCUCCGGCCUCCUCCUCCAGAGAAUUCAACCUCCGCACAUAGUAAUAGAAAUCAACACGACUUGCAUAGGGCCAUCAGGCCACCACAGAAGAAAGAGAAGUCCAACCCAGGGAAGAAAAUUGGGCAAACAUUUGUAGGAUUUGUCACGAUCUUGCAAGUGUUUGUGGUGACAUUCUUGUUGAUUAAGAGAAG